UCAAACAGCCUAAAUAGCAAGAAGGGUAUUUCUGCUGCAUCGAGGAAGCCAUUAAACUCCUGCGAACUAUUUCCUUUUAUGUGUCCCUGCACACGACUGCCCUCCCCUAUCACUGACCAGAGAUUACUUCUGAGGAUACUUCGAAAGCUUGGCGAUUUAUGGCUGGAAAGUGAAACGACGCUGGAGUGUGGCCACAUCAUUAUUUUGGGUUGCGCGGUACCAGAUGGGCAGUCGGUGAAUGGCGCAGGGAUGUGACGGACAGUUUUAUAAUGUGAUUUUCCCCCAUAAAGCUAAAACAGGCUUCAUUCCCCUCUAUUUUCUUUCGGCCUAUAGUACUUGUAUUUCUCCCCUCUCUGCAAUAUCAAUUAACUCAACUUUGCCGAGGAGCGGCCAAAAAGGAAGGCGAUCAAUUGGUCUCUAUAACCUCGGUAAGUCAGAGGAGCUGCUGUGACGGGCGCUGCGGGGACCCGCGGUGCCCUGAGCGGACUGCGGGGCUGAGACCGCGCAGGCGGUUAUGGAGUCAUCCGCGGGGGCUAGAGACCUGGCGGCAGGCGGGGUCCCCUGAUCUCAGGAGGGGUUCCCUGAUCUCGCGACUGACUUGGAGGCCGCUGCUACCUCUCAUCCGCAGCAUUUUACUACCAUUAUCAUCGUUCUUGAAAAGUCAUGGAAGACGAGACACUGCCAGACCUCAGAGACAUCGAGCUGAAGCUGGGGCGCAAAGUACCGGAGAGCCUAGUGCGCUCGCUCCGUGGGGAGGAGCCGGUUCCCCUGGAAAGGGACAGGGACCCCUGCGGGGGGAGCAGCGGCGGAGGCGGAGGCGGCAGCUGCAGUAGCCGAAGCAGCUUCCCUCCCUCGUUGUCAUCCUCCUCUUCGUCUUCCCCAACCUCUGGCUCCCCAGGAAGACGCAGCCACUCCAGCACCCUGGAGAGGCUGGAAACCAAGCUUCACCUCCUCAGGCAAGAGAUGGUUAAUCUCAGAGCCACAGACGCCAGGCUCAUGCGCCAGUUGCUCGUUAUCAAUGAGAGCAUUGAGUCCAUCAAGUGGAUGAUUGAAGAGAAAGCCACCAUUACUAGCCGAGGCAGCAGUCUCAGUGGCAGCCUGUGCAGUUUACUGGAGAGUCAGAGCACCUCCUUACAUGGCAGCUACAAUAGCCUACAUGAAGGCAGCGAUGGGCUGGAUGGUAUCUCCGUAGGGAGCUAUCUGGACACUUUGGUAGAUGAUGUCCCAGGCCAUCAGACCCCGUCAGACUUGGACCAGUUCAGUGACAGCUCCAUAAUAGGGGACUCCCAGGCACUGCACAAGCAUCCCAAAUUAGAUUCUGAAUACUACUGCUUUGGCUAAUGACCCAGUUUUUUGCAUGGGAUUGGUGUGCAAUUAACUUGUAUUUAUCUUUCUUCUCUGCUGCUAUAUUUUUGGUGUGAUUUCUUUUUUACAUGACACCCUUUAAAAAAGAAGCAUAUUUUGAAACUGCUUGAUGGUAUUUCUGUUGCUCCUAAUACUUCUAAUCUGGAAUCAUUUAUCUUUCUCUCUUACAUCUCUAUUUUUAUUUAUUACAAUGAUUUUUUUUCCCUCCCUUCUUUUAUAGUGGCACAAAUAAAGUAGGAGGGAAAGAAUAAGCAAUAAUUAUGUUUUUGCUUUUGUUUUCAGAGCAAGGGGUCAGGGAUUACAUUAAAAACUUUGCUAAAUUUUACAAUAAACCAAAGUCUGAUAAUAGCUCAUUCUGUUGCUUGUAUUCUUAAGUGAUUCAAAGUUUCAUUGUGUAGAAGCCACUGAGGUUUAUUACUGUUUAUACAGUAUACUGAUCAAAAUGCUUGGGACAAAGUCAGGCAUUAUUUCUAGUCCACAACUUCCUAGUGUGAAAAUCAACAAUACUGUUAGUCAUGUACUUUUAUGGCCAUCAUUUAGAAGCCCCAACUAUAUGCAAUCUGUUCAGUUCAACUUUGUGUUCAUCCUGUAGAUUAGCAUUUCCUAAUCAAUGAUUCUAACUGAAACUGUAGACUGUGCUGUAUGACAAUAUUUGUUUCUCCCAAAUUUCAAAGAUAGUUGAGAUCAGGUAUGAUGAUGAUUAGAGGUUAAGGGGUCUUAAAUUUAAUUGUAUUUUGAGAUUUUGUUGACAUUUGCUCAUAUGCAUUUUGCAAUUCUGAUAGGAUAUAUAAAAACUUAGAUAAGACAUAUGGAUGGAUAGAUAGAUAUAUUACAUGCAAAGUGGAAUCGCUACUCACUUAUAUGAUGCCAUUUCAUCCUGGGAUGGAUAAAUAAUCUCUUUCUUAUCUGAAAUUACAUAUGAAAAUAUAACUUACAUGGUAAACAUUUAGUUUUGAUAUAUUAUUAAUCCUCCACAUUUCUUUUACCUUAAUGAUUCCUAGUGAGUGAAUCUAUUGAGAUAUCAAACUGUAUUUUGUAAUGAUACAUGUUUCUGAAAAAUAUUUUACAAUACAAAUCAAAAAGUCUUCCUAUUUAUAACUAAAAAAUGUCCAUAUUCAAUACAUGGUUUCCCCAAAAUUUCCUUUGUUAUUAUGUACCUAUUACACACUUAUCAAAAGUACUGUUUGUUUCCGGGACAUAUACUAUUCAAUUUUCAAUUAAAAUGUAUAGGGUCUAUAUUUUA